CUCAGCCUCAGCCUCAGCCUCACCAUCAUCCUUUACUUCAACCUCAUGACUUGUAUGAAUCAAUUCAGAGAGAGAUUGAAAAGCAACGAAUUAGAGAGGAGAUGAUAAUAUCAGAAAUUGCAAGGAGGCGUGUUUUGGAAUAUGAGGUGAGGAGGGAGCUGAUGAUGGAGAGAGAACUGGCUCAGCGAAAAGGCGAGGAUGGGUUUCCAUUUGGCCCAUCAUCGGGAAUUGGGUAUGACUCAAUUAGGUUUCCACUCGUGGGGAUGAGAAGUGUGGGCAGGUCUCUAGAGGAGAGGGUUGCAAUGCCACCCAAGGAGAAGGAGAGGCUGAAUAUAAGGCAUGAGAAUGCAGAGAUUGAGACCCAGCCAUUUCAAAGGUGUAUGACGGAACCAAGAAUUUCUGAAGUUAAGUCUGUCUCGGAUAGGGGGAAAGAGAAAGAGAAAGUGGUUUUGCUGGCCAAACCCCUUGAAUAUCUAUCUAGAGAGAAGAGAAAGGCUGCAACAUCAUCUGUAGUAGAUGAUGAUGAGCUUCCAUCAGCUGCUAUCUCAAGGAAGAAAGCUAAAGAGGAGUGGAGUUGUGCUCUCUGUCAGGUUAGUGCCACCAGUGAGCGAGCCCUAAAGGACCACGUGCAGGGAAAGAAACACAAGUCCAAAGAGGCUGCAUUGAGAGCUCAGAGGGGUGGCAAAAACUAUAACAUUGGUCUUUUUCCAAAGAAAGCUGCCAUGCCAGUCACGGUUUCAGGAACUAAAAAUCUAGGUUUUGAGGGAGUGAAAUCUGCAACUCAAUUAAUGCACCUCAAUAAGAUGGGGGAGAUGAGCUCAGAGAAAAACAAUAUGCCACUAUUGCAGGAAAUCCGAAAACUGGACAACUUAAAGAAUAACCAAUUGGAAGUUCUAGAAAUACAGAAGGAUGGAAACAGCAAGAAAAAAAAUUAUAAAUUUUGGUGUGAAAUGUGCCAGGUAGGAGCCUUCUCUCGAAGUGUCAUGAAUGCUCAUAGGAAAGGGAAGAAACAUGUAAAACGACUCCACGAAUUUGAUCAAAAUGGAGCUGAUUCGUCCAAACUGAAGAAGUCUGUAGUACAAGUUAAUGAUUCAGAAUGGGUUGCUGGUGAUGGGAAGAACACAGCAAUGGAAAAUGUUGGCAAGGCAGUGGAUGUAGUGAGCUCAGAGGAUCACAAGACCAUCGAGAUAGCCAAUUCUGAAGAUCACAAGGCCAUGGAAGCGGCCAAGCAGGAAGGUAAUGAGGCCAUGAGUUCAUCCGAGGGAGAUGAUAAAGAGAACAAUGAUGUUGCCGAGCAAGAAUAUAAUGCGACCAUGGAUGCAACCAAGCCAGUAAAUAACAAGGACAAUGAUACAGUCCAUACAGAAUAUACUGAGGCCAUGAAUGCAGCCAGGCCAGAUGAUAACGAGGCCAAUGAUGCAGUCCGGACAGAAUAUAAAGUGGCAGCGGAUGCAGCCAAGCCAGAUGAUUAUGAGGCUGAUGAUGUAGUCAAGCUGGAAUUCACUGAGGCCAUGGUUGCAGCCAAGCCAGAAGAUAACAAGGCUGAUGAUGCAGCUGAGCCAGAAUUUAGCGAGACCGCGAAUGCAGCCAAGCCAGACCAUAACCAGCUCGAUGAUGAAUUUGAGGCUUAAGAUGAUGAGAUAUUUUGAUUCCCAAGUUGAGCUCUUAGACCACAUGUGGAUUGAAAAACUAAUUUUCCCUGAUUCCAUCUUCCCCUAAUUUGAGUGGUCAGUUUACUGGUAAUCAGUAGUAUGUUUCAUAGAACGUUCAGACUUUUUCUAAAAAUUUAAUUUCUGCCGGACUUUUCAGGAAUAUAACUAUUCCUGUUGAAAUAUGUUAUCAAGUUGGCAAUUGGGUGAUUGCAGAUGUUGGAUUCUGAAGAACCAGAAAAUUUUUGGUGUAAAUUUUGCUA